AUGAAGUUAAAAAAUAGCAUAAUAACAGCACGGACAGCACCAAUUUUUCUCGUUGUCUUUCUUGCGUUUACUACGAUUUCGGUGAUUAGUGCCAAUGUCACAGUAAACCCGCUGCCGAAGCCGCGCGAGAUAAAAUGGGGAGAAAAAGGUCCAAUCAGUUUCCCGCUAAAUAUACAACUUAUGUCGUCGUCAUCAUCCAUUGUGACACUUGGAUGGAAACGUGCAUUGAAAUUGAUUAAACAUGAUAGAUGGGUGGUACAAGCAGUAGAAGCUGAGCCACCGGCUUCUAAUCCAUUCCCACCAAAGAUUCAAACUCCAGGGGAUAAGCGUAAACGUAGCAUUUUUGAAGUUCGAUCCGAAAACUCGACUGCUAUUACUAAUUCAACUAACACUACUACCACAACUGCUAGUGCUACUAACAAUACUACCACAACUACUCCAACUAAAGACAAUUUGACAGUCAAAUCAGUAAAUGUCAACGUCUCCAAUCCAACUGCAGAAUUGCAACACGGUGUUGACGAAUCAUACACGUUGGAAGUGAAAGAGGACGCGCUGAUAAUUACAUCACCGACUGUGUGGGGUGCAUUACACGCGUUCAACACACUAACACAAAUAGUGAUCUCGGACGGAAAAGAUGGGCUAAUCAUUGAACGUACCGUCUUAAUUAAAGAUUCGCCUUUAUACCCACAUCGUGGCCUGUUAUUGGAUACUGCACGUCAUUUCUACCCGGUCAAAGAUAUCUUGAGAACUAUCGAAGCUCUUGCGUGGAGUAAAUUGAAUGUCUUGCAUUGGCAUAUUGUCGACUCACAAUCAUGGCCCAUAGAAGUGAAGGCUUAUCCAGCAAUGACAAAUGAUGCAUACUCUAAUCGUGAAAUUUAUACACCUAGAGAUGUACGAGACGUAAUUGAAUUCGCUCAUGAACGUGGUGUUCGAAUUAUUCCAGAGUUUGAUAUGCCUGGACAUGCGCGCGCUGGUUACCUACAAAUCGAUCCUUCCAUUGUAGCAUGUGCCAAUGCCUGGUGGUCAAACGACGAUUGGCCACAUCACAGCGCUGUAGAACCACCGCCAGGUCAAUUAGAUAUUAUCAACCCGAAAACAUAUGAAGUUAUCAAAAACAUCUUUGCCGAAGUUUCCGCCGCGUUCCCUGAUAAACUAUAUCACGCCGGUUUCGACGAACUACAAAGAUACUGUUACGCUUAUUCUAAUCUGACCGUCAACUGGUUCAAACAGAACCCAAACAACACCUACGGUGAUCUUGCACAAUACUUUUUGGACCGCGCGUAUCCAAUCUUCACUGACAAAAAGUAUGGCAGUAAACAUAUCAUUAUGUGGGAAGAUGUUUUUCUAUCAGAUGAUUUUGCCGCUAAUAAGGUACCAAAAGAAGUGAUCCUACAAACAUGGAACAAUGGUGUGAAUAAUACAAAGAAAAUCACGUCGAGUGGGUAUGAUGUGAUUGUAACAUCAUCUGAUUGGUUUUAUCUGGAUUGUGGAAAUGGUGGUUGGGUUGGUAACGAUAAUCGAUAUGACCAAAAUGUUGACAAUGGAAAAAUCUUAUUCAACUUCGCUGGUGGUAGCAGUGGCUCAUGGUGCAACGGCUACAAAACAUGGCAACGCAUCUAUAGUUAUGAUAUCGACUUCAACCUAACUGCUGAGGAGAAAAAACACGUUAUCGGUGGCGAAGUUGCACUAUGGUCCGAACAAUCUGAUAGUGUGGUAAUGGAUGCUAAAAUAUGGCCACGUACUGCCGCACUUGCCGAAUUAUUAUGGAGCGGAAAUAAAAAUGAGGAAGGCAAAAAACGGUAUCGCGAGAUGCAACAACGAAUAAAUGAUUAUCGAGAAAGAUUAGUAUCGCGUGGUGUUGGUGCUGCACCCUUGCAACCGAAAUUUUGUUAUAAGCAUCCGCAUGCGUGUGACUUAAAUCUUGAGAAAUUUGUCCCUGG